CCCCCUCUCUGCUUCCUGCCCAUCUGAGGGACUGCCCCCCACCAGGGCCAGCAGGCCAGCAGGUUCACGGAGGCCGGAGGGUCUCCCAGCAACCUGUUGCCUCUGGUGUGAGUCUGGUAGGAGGUAACCCAGCCCCCAGGAGGGUGGAGGCUGGGAGGGCGGGUCCCCCUUUCUCCAGCUGGACCACUGCCCACCUGACAGUCAGGGCUCCCGGGAGCCUCCCGCCCCCACCGCCGUCAUAAAAGCACCCCCAGGGCCCCGCCUGGGUCAGUGUGUCCACCACAGCGGCUUCACCAUGCACAGCUGGGGGCGCCUGGCAGUUCUGGUCCUCCUAGGAGUGGUGGCCUGUGCGGCGCAGCCCCGCGGUCGGAUCCUGGGCGGCAGCGAGGCCGUGGCCCACGGGCGGCCCUACAUGGCGUCGGUGCAGGUGAACGGCGUGCACCGGUGCGGCGGCGUCCUGGUGGCGGAGCAGUGGGUGCUGAGCGCGGCGCACUGCCUGGAGGACGCGGCCAACGAGAAGGUGCAGGUGCUCCUGGGCGCGCACUCCCUGUCACAGCCGGAGCCCUCCAAGCGCCUGUACGACGUGGUCCGCGCAGUGCCCCACCCGGACAGCCGGCCCGGCUCCAUCGACCACGACCUCCUCCUGCUGCAGGUCCGCCCGGCCCCGCCUGUACUCGCGCCCCGGGGCGAUUCCGGGGGCCCGCUGGUGUGCGGGGGCGUGCUCGAGGGCAUAGUCACCUCCGGCUCCCGCGUUUGCGGCAACCGCAAGAAGCCCGGGAUCUACACGCGCGUGGCGAGCUAUGCGGCCUGGAUCAACAGCGUCCUGGCCUAGGGCGUAGGGGCCUGCGGGUCAGGGUCACCCCAGCAAUAAAGUCCCCAACAAUAAAGUUAUCCACUCCUGCA